AGAGAGGAGGGGAGAGAAUACGAUUCCCCUGCGACCACGCCACUCCACUCAAUUACUGGCCUUAAUUGAGAUUCCAAUGGAUAUUAAUCGCCUCCUUCCUUUCUCCCUUCCUCCCUCUCUCUCAACUAGUUCACUUGCAGCUCUCGCUGCUUUGAGUUCGUCGUCGAUCGUCGAAUCGCCGGGUCCGCGCGCGUUGCCUCUCCCGACUCCUUUUUGCAAGGGUUUCGAAUUUCCAUCACAUCCGACGGCAGCUAUUUUCCAUUUGGCAUUUCCGUCCAUCACCGGCAGGCAGGAUCAUGGCCGUCCAAGCCCAGGCGGCCGCCGAAGCGGCGCUGCUCCGAUCGCUGAAUUGCAACAGCACAGUUCCGGUGGCGGAAUUGCUCGCCGCAGCUCGAUUUCUGCUCACGGACCUAGUCAAUAAGAUGCCUGAGGUCCAGCUUGGCAAGAAGAGUGAGUCCUUAGAAGAAGAUGGAGACAGGGAUAGCGAUGGGGAUGGCAAGGGAGACAAAGAUGGAGAUUCGGAGGGAGGAGGAGAGGAGCACUCGGAGGAAGACAAUGUGGGCCGUGAAAACCCAAAUGAUGCGAACAGCAAUGAAGCUGCAGGAGGAGAUGAGGAUGAUGAUGGAGGCAAACCAGAUGGGGAAGAUGAGAAUGAAGGGGAAGAGCCUGAAGAUCAGGAUCCCAAUGACAACAAUGAACAAGAUGAUGACGAUGACGACGAUGAUGAUAGUGGUAAUGCUGAGGAUGAGGGGGAAGAGGAGGAAGAGGAUGAUGAAGAAGAGGUUGAAGACAUAAUUCAACCCCCAAAAAAGAGAAAGAAAUGAAUGAUCAAGUUUGACAUUUAGCUACUGUUAUUCACCUUGCUUUGUUCAGCUGUUUUAAGUCAUUAAUCUUGGAGAAUUAUCAUGUAAUGGACCAGAACAAACUUUGAUUUCUGAGAAUAUACAACCUCAUUUUGCUUUCUCA